AUGAAUUCAAUCGAGUUUUACAUUUCGUGUCAUAUAUUCAAAGAGAUCUUAGAGUGCGUCCAGUAUUUGCAUGAAUUGGAUCCACCGAUAAUUCAUAGGGAUCUCAAACCCGACAAUGUUUUGGUGGCACAAGAAGUCAAGAACAUACACGACCGGGACUUCUAUACUGUGACUGGUCAACAAAGUGGUGCUCCUGUAUAUCAGGCACCAGAAGUUACAAGUGGUAGUCCGCAAUCGUAUUCAUCAGAUAAUGAAGUCUUAAACAAAUGUGUCAUUAAAUUAUGGGAAGUUUUGGUUUCGAUGGCUUUGUAUCCCAAUUGGGAGGACAGACCCGAGUGUAAGGAUGUGUUGAAGACAUACCACGACGAUCGCAAAGCAUACGGAGGCAGAGAUGAACGCAUUAUGUAA